AGCCUUUUACAAAAUCUGAUUUUUGUGUCAUUGUAUUCUUUGGUUUGAAUUAACUCUUUUUUCCCAAACAGCUAUCAUACCAAAUAGCAAGACAGGCAACAUGGAAGAUCAACUUUUAAGUAGUAAAGGAAACAAGUUCCCUGUUGGCACCUCCUGUUCAACGCCUCUUGUUCUAAGCACUUGUGUUGUUAUGUGUGGUUCCUUGGCUUAUGGAUUUGCUGUUGGCUACACUUCUCCUGUCCAGUCAGGUAUCAUGGCUGACCUGGGGUUGUCCAUUGCAGAGUAUUCAACAUUUGGAGCUAUUCUGACACUUGGUGGAACUAUUGGUGCCUUAGUGAGUGGCACUAUUGCAGAUAUGGUUGGGCGGAAAGUAACAAUGUGGAUUAUGGAUCUUUGUUUCAUACUGGGAUGGCUAUCUAUAAUUUUUGCAAAGAGUGUGUGGUGGCUUGAUAUUGGAAGAUUUCUAAUGGGAAUAGGAGCUGGACUUCUCCUUUACGUCGCUCCUAUAUACAUUGCAGAAAUCGCGCCAAAGAGUAUUCGAGGUGGAUGCAUAGCUGCAGUUGCGUUCAUGGUAUAUUUUGGUUUUGCACUGAUGUUUCUGAUUGGCAAUAUCCUGCCUUGGCGCACCUUGGCUAUAGUAGGAAUUAUACCCUCUUUGGUGCAGUUAAUAGGCAUAUUCUUCAUACCAGAAUCUCCAAGAUGGUUGGCCAAAAUCGGUCUGGACAAAGAAGUAGAAGCAUCUCUACAAUAUCUGAGAGGAAAAAAUGUUGAUAUUUCUUUAGAAACAGCUGAAAUUAAGGACAACGUGGAGUCACUUACGAAGCUUUCAGGAUCGAGAUAUCUGGAUAUGUUUGACCGUAGAUACGCUCAUUCACUCAUUGUAGGAUUGGGAAUUAUGAUUUUGUUGCAGUCUGGAGGAACUGAUGCAAUUUCAUCUUUCGCUAGUUCCAUUUUCAUAAAAGCUGGUUGCUCAGCUAGUUUUGCAACUACAACAAUGGGAUUCAUCCAGCUUCCUUUUGCUGCUAUGGGCAUAUUCUUACUGGAUGCUGCUGGAAGACGGCCUGUUCUGAUGGUCGCGUCUGCUGGGACAUGCUUAGGAAACUUUCUUGUAGGUGUAGGCUUUUUGUGUAAGGAUUAUGAUCAAAUGAGUCAGCUCUCUGCCACAUUUGUGUUAGUUGGCAUACUGGUAUUUUCUAUAUUCUUCUCAAUGGGUGUAGGUGGUGCAGCUACAACAAUCGUUUCAGAGAUAUUUCCUAUGAACAUAAAGGGAUCAGCUGGAAGUCUAGCAAUUGUAUGCAACUGGUUUACUUCUUGGAUUGUCACAUAUGCUUUUAACUUCUUAUUUGAAUGGAGCCCUUCAGGUGUGUUCUUCAUGUUCACAUUUUUUUCCGGGUUGAUGAUCCCAUUUGUUGCAAAGAUAGUACCAGAGACGAAAGGUCGGACACUUGAAGAAAUCCAAGCAUCCUUGACACUGCUUAACUGAUACUUUGUUCGUCCUAUAUUAGACGAG